AUGAAACAGACCCAAACAAAAAUCCUCUCCCUCCUCCGCACCCUUCGAGACCUUACCGCCCAACAAUUCCUAUGCCUGACCACUACUAGAGGGUCUCAAAUUGAGCAAACCCAGAAAAAACUUAACGAUAUCUACAUAGCACGAGCGGCACAUACCCGACAUAUGCUAAAAGCAAAACAGUACGUCAUGGGUGACAAAGCGAGCGCCUUACUCGCCAAUAGAUUGCGCACAGCUAACGCUCAGUCAAAAAUAGGAUACAUACUGACUGACGAGGGCAAAAAAGUUAUCAAACCCCAAGAUAUUUGCAAUGCCUUCACAAAAUUUUAUAGCAAACUAUAUAAUCUAAGGGAAGAUGCGGCGAAGCACCAGCCCACGCUGAAAGACAUUUCCCAAUUCCUAGACCAGGUGACUCUCCCCAGACUGACAAACGACCAAAUCCACCUAUUGACGGACACGGUUACGCCACAAGAAAUAGAAUAA